AAAAGGAAGGGAGAAAUCAGGGAGAAAGAAUGGGUGAAAAAAAAAAUUAAAACAAUAAAAAAGGAAUAACUUUAGAACCGUUCAAACAUCAAAGUUACCAAAGCUAUAUUCAGUUUCCCUUUAUAUAUAUAUAUUUAUAUAAGAAUUAUAUGUAAAUCAAAUUGAUUGUUAACAAAAAAAUUGAGCGUUAAUUUUCCAAGACAUGUUACCCAGUUCAACCAUUAAGAGUGAUUGUCCAUCACUGGAUGGUUGAGAUCAAAAUCUACCCGAUAAUAUGAUUUGCAGAUCGUGUGACGUGGGGCAGAUGGACUUCUCUCCUUCGGCUGCAACUCAUCACCCAGUUUGAACCUGCCGCCACAAGUUUCCAGACAAGCAGCGUGGGACUGGCCAUGGGGGUUUGACUUUUGAGGUUUCAUCAGUAUUUGCGAUCAUGGUGGAACGAUUGCUUCUCGUCGUCUGGAUGCUGCGCCAAUAAUUAGUUUGUAUUAGCUUGUGUGAUAGGAUAUUGAUUCCUUGAAGUGGUGCGGUGGGGGAGCGCGGGCGGAGGGGGUGUUGAGAGUGUGUGUGUGUGUGAGAGAGAGAGAGAUGGCGCUGCAGUUGAUGUUGGUAUGCCAUGGGUUGGCAACUCUCCUGGUGGUUAUUUCCUUCUUGUGCGGCCAGUGGCCCAUCUUCCGGGGGACUUUCAUUGAGAAAAUCCAUUACUUCAUUACAGUCGGUGCUUACGAUUACAUCCUGCAAUUUAUUGUUGCUGUUUUUGGCUCAAAGGGCAGAAAUGCUUUCCUUGCUGUGGAGCAUUACUGUUGUGAGCGCCCCAAUCCAAUUCUGCAGAUAAUAUACCUGACAAUUGUUGGAGUAACUUAUUUUCUCAUCAUACAGUCCUCAUUUGCCUAUAUUCCUGGAUAUUAUGUUUCUGGUUUUCACAGGUAUUCCAGCUUGCUAGCAGUUCUUGUGGGUAUUCUGCUUUUCCUUUUGACAAGCUUUUCUGAUCCAGGCACUGUGAAAGCUGAAAAUGUUCUGAACUAUUUAUCUUCUUAUCCUUAUGACAACAUCAUAUAUGUGGAAAAGAAGUGUGCAACAUGCAAAAUUUCAAGACCUGCGAGAUCAAAACACUGCAGCAUAUGUAAUCGAUGUGUUGCGAGAUUUGAUCACCAUUGUGGAUGGAUGAAUAACUGCAUUGGAGAGAAGAAUACUCGAUAUUUCAUGGCUUUUCUACUUUGGCACUUCUUGCUAUGCUUAUAUGGGACCCUGAUUCUCUCCUUGAUCCUUGUUGGGCAGUUGAAAGAGCACAAGGUGAUUUAUAUUCUAACUGUAUACUACGGAAUUGAAAAUUCAUUUUGGAGUUUGGCUCCCCAUAUUGUGCAGUGGUUAUUGGGCACCUACAACACACAUAUUCUUUUGAUAGUAUUCCUUGCGGUUGUUUCAUUGCUGCUAGCGGGUUUCUUCAUAUACCAUGCUCAUCUCUGUCUGUCAAACACCACGACUAACGAGACUUUUAAGUGGGCAGACUACAUAAGCUGGAAGACCCGAGUAAACAAGGCUAAGGCAAGCAGCGCAGCCCUCAAGGAGGGUGCUUGCAGGGGUGGCUUGGUGUAUGGCAAAACCCAUUCCCAAGAAAGAAGGUGCAUCUGGCCCUUCUCUGCCUUGCGGUGGGAGGAGGAGGAAGCUGCUGCUUCUAAGGAGAACCUAUAUGAUCAAGGGAUGUUGUAUAAUCUGUUUGAGAUCAUUUGUCCACUAUCAGAAAGAGCCUCUUUUUCACGGAGGAAAGCACUGUGAUGCCCACUUCAUGCUGGUUGGCACUCAAAUUAUCCAUUUUUUGGCUCCGACUUUUUUAUGCCUUCCACCAACCAAGUAUUCGAUGUAUUCAUCACAUUUAUAUUUAUUAGUCUUUUUUUCA